UGUAAAAGACCCUUUUGUAAAUAAGAUGCAGUACGCACCAUCGGACAAAGCCACUAGAGAUAAGAUUUAUAAUCUUGCUAAAGAUUUAUUCGAGCCACAUUUGGUUUGGAUUCAGUUUUUAUCUGGCCGAUUCCAAGCGUUCAGAUAUCGAAGUAAUGAACUAGUAUAUCUUUAUGUACGACUCUUUCAAAUAACUCUUGAUCAUUGUGAUCAUUAUAGAUGGGUUUAUGGUGGCAAUAAAAGGGCAAUGCUCAGUGAAUAUAGGCUAUUGAUUGAGGUAUAUAAGCUGGUCGAUAAUGAUAAAAUUGAAUUGAACGAAAUUUUAUCUACCACACCUAGAAAGUAUUCUCAAUUAACUUUAUCAAGCCCACUAAUUGCAUUUCAAGAUAAAAGUAAAGAUGAAAUUAUAAAUCAAUUUAAAAAGUCUAAAGGUCUUUUACUAUUAUUUUUGGAGAGUGAGAUAAGUAACAUGGCAACAUGGUGCAAUCCACUAAAUUCUCCUGACACAAUUAAAGAGAUAUUUAUCCCUAGCACGGAAAAAAGUUUAUCGGAGGAAGGAUGGAAAAACAUUAUACGUCAUUCAUGGACAAUAUCACCAAGUUUAACUAUACAAUUGGCAGCCAGAUUUAAGCAAUUAAAUGUACAAAAUGAGGUUCAUAAAAUAUUAUGUAAUAAUUCCGUAGAUGCUAUACAAGUGGCUGAUGCACUACCCUUAUUACUAGGCGAUAAAUUGAAUCAUAAUAUUACCUCACAGUUAAAAUAUCUUUUAUAUUGGGCACCAGUUUCUCCAAUAACAGCUGCACCAUACUUUUCAUCAGUUUAUAAUAAUAAUCCUCUAAUUUUGCAAUAUGCAAUGCGUGUUCUUGAAUAUCAUCCAGUUGAUGUUGUAUUUUUUUAUAUUCCACAAAUUGUGCAAGCGCUACGAUUUGACAAUCUGGGUUAUGUUGAAAGAUUUAUUUUGAGAGCUGCUAAAAUAUCACAAUUAUUUGCUCAUCAAAUAAUAUGGAAUAUGAACGCAAACAUGUAUAAAGAUGAUGAAUCUUUGGUUCCUGAUUCAUUGAAGCCAACAUUGGAUCGUAUAAUCGAAAAUAUUGUAAAUUCUCUAUCAGGAGAAGACAAAAAGUUUUAUGAAAGAGAAUUUGCAUUUUUCAAUGAUGUUACUUCUAUAUCGGGUAAACUAAAACCUUAUAUUAAAAAAACAAAAGCAGAAAAAAAGGCAAAAAUUGAUGAAGAGAUGGCUAAGAUAAAGGUUGAUGUAGGUGUUUAUUUGCCUAGUAAUCCAGAAGGAAAGGUAGUGGGUAUAGAUUAUAAGUCCGGUCGACCCUUACAAAGUCAUGCAAAGGCACCUUUUAUGGCAACAUUUAGAAUACGGAAAGAACUAAAUGAUCCUAGUAAAGACGAAUUUAUUUAUUCGGAAUCUAUCGAUUCAGAUGAUGAUUCAGAACCCAAGACAAUCGAUGUGUGGCAGUCUGCAAUUUUCAAAGUUGGUGAUGAUUGCCGGCAAGAUGUAUUGGCCUUGCAAUUGAUUGCAAUAUUUAAGAAUAUAUUCACUAGUGUUGGAUUAGAUUUAUAUCUUUUUCCAUACAGAGUUGUGGCAACGGCUCCAGGGUGUGGAGUCAUUGAUGUUAUCCCUAACUCAAUUUCUCGAGAUCAAUUGGGCCGAGAAAAAGUGAAUAGUCUUUAUGAUUAUUUUCUUACAAAAUAUGGUGGUUUGGAUUCUAUUGCCUUUCAAAAAGCAAGAAAUUGUUUUAUUCAAAGCGUAGCUGCCUAUUCUGUUGUAUCGUUUUUAUUACAAAUUAAAGAUAGACAUAAUGGAAACAUUAUGUUGGAUGAUGAAGGACAUAUAAUUCAUAUUGAUUUUGGUUUCAUUCUUGAUAUUGCACCUGGUGGCAUUAAUUUUGAAAGUUCACCUUUCAAACUUACUACUGAAAUGAUUCAAGUUAUGGGAGGAAGUGCAGAUGUUCAACAAUUCAAAUGGUUCUCAGAAUUAUGCAUCAAAGCAUAUUUGGCAGUAAGGCCUUACGCAGAAAAUAUAUGCCAAUGUGUUGGUUUAAUGCUUAGCUCAGGACUUCCGUGUUUCAAAGGCGAAACAUUAAAAAGAUUACGUGAAAGAUUCCAAUUAGAUAAAACUGAACGUCGUGCGGCUGAUUAUAUGAUUGUGAAAAUACAUCAGUCAUUUGAAAAUAAAAGAACUGUAUGGUAUGAUAGUUUUCAAAAGGCUACAAAUG